CCAGAUUUCAGGGAUUCCCAGAAUCCCAGCUCCUAGAAAUCCUUCUUUCAUUUGGAUUUUUUCUCUCAAGAAAUUAAAACUCUAGAAUUAGCAUCUAUCCUUUGACGAAAGGAAAAUCUAAAUCAGCUUAUCUUGGAUUUUUGCUUCCUUAAAAGCUGCCUCUGAUGAGGCCAGGACUGAUCUUCCACUCACACCUUUGUCACUAAUGUGGCCAGCACCCUGUCUCUGUAUUGGAUUAUGAGUGUGUGUGUUGUGUGGUCUGGGCACAGGUCACAUCAGCACUACACCAUCAACAAAAGGUGAGUCAGCCUAAUCAACCCCACAAGACCCUUAAGAUGCCACCAUGUGUAUGCGUGUGACUCUGGUUGUGAAGUCAUGCUUGCAUAAACUACAAAGAAGUGCAUACAAGAAACAUCUCAAUAAUAUACACUCUUUCGCGAUGAUAUUCAGAAGGCGAAAGGACGGAGAGAGCUAGGAUGGGCUAUGGGGCUCACCCAUAGCUAGCUAUCAAGAAAGACCACACACACCACACACACACACACAGUGGGAAGUGUGGUUCUGAAAGCUCCUCUCCUCCUAGAGUAUAUAUAUUAGCAGGGGCUGAUUGCGCUUUUUCUCCAAAUGAGAAGGGCCACACCUCAGUCACCUCACAUUUUCCAUGAGCUUGAGGUCCAGCUUUUUAGCUGGCAGAUUAUAAGGUUUCGGGGUUUUUCUUUUUAAUUCCUCAAGCAGGACUUGGUCAAGAAGAUCAUCGCAAUGAAGUACAUGAAGCUUGGGACAAAACCCGAUACAUUCUACACUGAAGAAGCAGUCAGGUCAGUAGUAUCAGACGUACCCGCGGAUCUCAUCAUCCAUGUCAACAACACCAAGUAUGAGCUACACAAGUUCCCCCUGCUCCUCAAGUGCGGCCUCCUGCAGCGCCUCUGCUCCGACACCGGCGACGAGGAGGAGCCGGUGCCCGUGGCGCUGCACGACAUCCCCGGCGGCGAGGAUGCCUUCGAGCUGUGCGCCAAGUUCUGCUACGGCAUCUCCAUCAGCAUCAGCGCGGCGAACCUGGUGCCGUCGAUGCUGGCGGCGCGGUUCCUCCGGAUGACGGAGGCCGUCGCCAAGGGCAACCUGGCGGCCAAGCUCGAGUCCUUCUUCGACUCGUGCGUCCUCCACGGGUGGAAGGACUCCGUCGCCGCGCUGCAGGCGGCGUGGCGGGUCUCCGGCUGGAGCGAGAGCCGCGUCGUCCAGCCCUGCGUCGACUCCAUCGUCGAGAAGAUCCUCACGCCGCCGUCCAAGGUCACCUGGUCCUUCACCUACACCCGCCCGGGGUACACCAGCAGGAAGUCAUCGGUGCCCAAGGACUGGUGGACGGAGGACGUCUCCGAGCUCGACAUCGAGGUGUUCCGGUCGGUCCUCUCCACCGUGCGCGCGUCACGGCUGCUCCCGCCGCCGCUCAUCGGCGAGGCGCUGCACGUCUACGCCUGCAAGCACCUCGUCGACCCGCUGCGCGCCGUCGGAGGCGCUGGCUUUGCCAACGGCGGCGUCGCCCUCCACCACCAGGCGGCGCAGAGCUCGGCCGCCGAGGAGACGCUGGCGACGCAGCGGCGCGUGCUGGAGUCCGUCGUCACGAUGAUCCCCGGCGAGCCGGGGUCGGUCACCGGCCGGUUCCUGCUGCGGCUGCUGCGGGUGGCCAACUACGUCGGCGCGUCGUCGUCGACGCGCGCGCAGCUGGUACGGCAGGCCGGGUCCCAGCUGCACGAGGCCACGGCGGCGGACCUGCUCAUCCCGCUGCCGUCGGAUCCGCAGGCGUACGACGUCGGCGCGGCGGAGGCCGUGCUGGAGCACUUCCUCGCGCAGUUCCAGCGGCCCGCGCCGCCUGACGAGCGCCGGCGGAUGGGCGCCGCCAUGGACAAGGUCGCCAGGACCUUCGACGAGUACCUGCGGACCAUCGCGCUCGACCGCGACUUCCCCGUGGGAAGAUUCGCCGACCUCGUCGAGUGCUUGCCGGACAUCGCCCGCAGCGACCACGACGGCCUCUACCACGCCAUCGACGUCUACCUCAAGGAGCACCCGGAGCUCAGCAAGGCGGACAAGAAGCGGCUGUGCCGGCUGAUCGACUGCCGGAAGCUGUCGCCGGACGUGCGGGCGCAGGCGAUAUCCAACGACCGGAUGCCGCUGCGCACCAUCGUGCAGCUCCUCUUCGUCGAGCAGGAGAGGACCAUGGGCACCGCCGCUGGAGCCAGCCAUGGCGGCGCGGCCGUCGCGCCGGCAGACCGGGCCUCGGUCGACGCCACCUCCCGGCUCGCGACGAGAACCAGAGAGGACGAGCCGGCCUCAUCCGCCGACCACAAGUCAGACGUGCACCGGCCACGCCGUGAUCACGCCCGGGUGGUGGACGGAGCAGCAGCAGCCACCAUGACGAGGUCGCUGUCAGCGUCAACCAAGACACCGCCACCGCCGGCGAGGAAGGAGAGGACGCCAGAGGAGAGAGGGAGCAGGAUGAGGAACAAGCAGUGAUGAAGCCGAUUGUGCAAUUUGUUCAUACUUGUGAUUCUUGAUUUUUUUAAUAUAUAUAUUUCAGUGCAUCCCAUUUUUGGUGGGAGAUGUAAGAGGCAUCCUUGUUGAAACUUGGAAGAGAAUGAGGGGGCAGGUUUUGUAAUUAAAAUGGAUGGGAGAUUAAUAAGUGGCUACACUCGUGCAAUCUAGGGAUAGCUCACCAAUUGGAAAAAAAAAGAAAAAGAGGAUUCAUGUGCAUCAUA